AUGGAGGAACUUUGCUACAGCUUGGAGCAGGGAGACCCCAGUGCGGAAUCCCUCCUCUGGGAGCCGGCAGAUCCCGACACACAGCUGGAGAACUUCCUCCUGGAGUGCCUGGCAGAGCCCUCCUGGCCCGGGCCGGGCGGCGCCGAGCCGGACAAGGCCCCAGGCGGGCGGCCCCGGCAGCGGCGCGCUGCCAACCUCCGCGAGAGGAGGAGGAUGCUCAGCAUCAACUCGGCCUUCGACCAGCUGCGCAGCCACGUGCCCACCUUCCCCUACGAGAAGCGCCUCUCCAAGAUCGACACGCUGCGCUUGGCCACGGCCUACAUCGCCCUGCUGGGGGACAUCCUGCUGUCCGGCCGCCACCCCAGAGCCUUCGUGGAGCAGUGCCUGAGGAGCGGCUGCCAGGGCGCCCAGCGGGCAGCCUGGAACACCAGUGAUCUGACAGCCCGCCUGUCCUGGGUAAAGUGGGAUUAA